AUGAAAUCUGUCGCAGUCUGGAGCCUUUGGUUCUGUUUUCCUUCUGCACCACCAAAUUUGGCCUCGUCCACAGCUGCAACUGGGACUGGAAGCGACAGCCCGCGCGGACCUUCUCGAUCUUCGGCUUGCGCCAUCCACCAAAGCUCGCCCACCCGCCCACUCUCUGGGGAGCUUCACCACGGCGCGAAAUCGCUCCUUCCGACAAUCCAAACAUCCUCUACUUUGCUCAGCAUCACUGGCUCGGCUUUUCUAGCCGUAGUAUUGUUGCGCUGGCCCGACUCCGGCCGUUACCAAUCCACGACGCCUUCCUUGCCCAUCGUCGGAAUCACGAACUUAUCUUUUCGAUUUUGGAUCACAUUUUGCCUCGGCUUUCUUUGCGCAAUAGGAAAAUCCCAAGUAUUUUGCUUUCCAGGUGCUUCAAGGCAAGAGCAAAUAGGCGAAAGAGCAGGACGACCGACCGAUUAA